AUGAACGGUUUCCCUACCCCCCCGUCCAUCGAGUCGCUCCAGGAGCAGCUAAGCUCGCUAGGAGUCUCUGAUUCCCUCCCAGUGUUCCCAUAUUCCAACCCUACCACAAACCCCGUCGAUAUCUUCAGAUGCUACAUUUCCGAGACUCUGGCAGGCAUUUCCGGCGUUGACUCGAAAUUGAUUUACGAUGCGCUGGAAUGGACUCAAAGCUUUGAGAAAGGAGACCUAAUUCUUGCAAUCCCAAGGCUGAGGCUCAAGGGGCAAAAGCCAGACGUCAUUGCAAAAGAGUGGGCUGAGAAGUUUCCGGAGAACCCGUACACAGAACCUAUCAAGGCCGCUGGAACAUUUCUCCAGUUUUUCUUCAAGACCGAGAUCUUGAAACAGCUCGUUAUUCCAACAAUCCUCAAGAGGAAGUCGGCAUAUGGCCCCGUCAACACCGGCAAGGGCAAGCGUGUCAUUGUGGAAUUUUCGAGUCCUAAUAUUGCGAAGCCUUUCCAUGCUGGCCAUCUCAGAAGUACCAUCAUCGGUGGUUUCUUGUCUAACCUCCACGAGAGCUGCGGAUGGGACGUUGUUAGAAUGAACUAUCUGGGAGAUUGGGGAAAACAAUUCGGUAUUCUUGGUGUUGGAUUCAAGCGCUUUGGAUCAGAGGAGAAGCUCUUGGCUGAUCCAAUUCACCACUUGUUUGAGGUCUAUGUCCAGAUCAACAGAAUAAUUGAGGAGGAGAAGGAGGUCGAGAAAAAGGCUGCCGAGGCCGCUGGGGUGAAGCAGACACACAAUGGGCCUACCGAUGAGGAAGCCAAGAACUUUUUCGUCAGGAUGGAGAACGGUGACGAGGAGGCUGUUGCUCUAUGGAAGAGGUUCAGGGAGCUCAGCAUCGAGAAAUACAUCGCCACAUAUGCCCGUCUCAACAUCCAAUACGACGUCUACUCUGGCGAAUCCCAAGUUUCGAAAGAAACCAUGCAAAAGGUCUCUCAAAUGCUCAAGGAGAAGAACAUCUCCGAGGAGUCCGAGGGAGCUGUUAUUGUAGAUCUCACAAAACACAGCAAGAAGCUCGGAAAGGCCAUUGUCCAGAAGAAAGAUGGCACGACUCUAUAUCUUACUAGGGAUAUCGGUGCGGCCAUGGAGCGUUAUGAACAGUACAAGUUUGACAAGAUGAUCUAUGUUGUUGCUUCACAGCAGGACUUGCAUCUGCAGCAGCUAUUCAAAAUCUUGAGCUUAUUGGAAUUUGAUUGGGCGGACAGGGUUCAGCACAUCAACUUUGGGAUGGUCUUGGGAAUGAGCACCAGGAAGGGAACAGUAGUGUUUUUGGACGACAUUCUCGCCGAGGCGAAGGAUCGAAUGCAUGAGGUGAUGAAGAAGAACGAGGAGAAGUACAAGCAGGUUGAGAACCCUGAUGCUAUCGCCGAUACUGUCGGUAGAACCGGUGUCAUGAUUCAAGAUAUGUCCGGAAAGAGGAUCAACAAUUACAACUUUGAUCUGGACCGUAUGACCUCUUUCGAGGGUGACACUGGCCCAUACCUACAAUACGCCCACUCCCGUCUCUGCUCGAUCUCCCGCAAGGCUGCGAUUCCCGAGGAAGAUAUCCUGAACGCCGACCUAUCCCUGCUGACCGAGACUCACGCCACCAACCUUCUCCGUUGCCUCGCACAAUACCCAGAUGUAUUGCAGAACACCCUCAGGACCUUGGAGCCCACCACAGUUGUCACCUGGUUAUUCAAGAUGACUCAUCUUUUGAGUUCCAGCUAUGAUGUUCUCAGGGUUAUCGGAGAGGACCCGAAGAAGGCUGCGGCCAGGCUUGCCCUCUACGAGAGUGCCAGACAAGUACUCAAUAACGGCAUGAAGCUGCUGGGGUUGUCGCCGGUUGAGAGGAUGUAA